CACAAACUGGAAUUCACAGUAGUUGGGCAACCCAUCCGUCAGCGCUGGGAUUUCCGGUUCACCUGAGUUCCCGAAGUUCCUCGCCUAAGCAACUGCUGGAGUUCGACGAUCUGCUGUAGGGACGCGUACUCGUGCCACAGUACGAGGGAUCAACCAUCGGCUGAGUUGACCAAGGCUGAUACGCAAUGCGUUCGACCGGCCUAGAUCGUUAGGGCGGGCGUCGUAAGUCGGGAAGAGCCUGAGCGGAGGCGAGGAACGGUCGGCAGUUAGCAGCUUCUAGUGGUGCAGUUGGGGCCAGGUGGAAGUCGGCGGAGCGAGAGCGCGUGGUCGCCAUGGUGGUGGUUCAUGAAUAUCAAAUUCCGUUGCCGCUGUCAGCAGAAGAGUACCGCAUCGCGCAGCUGUACAUGAUCGCCAAGUUCAGCGAGCACCACUCGUCGGACAACAGCGACGGCGACGGCGUGGAGGUGCUCACCAACGAGCCGUUCGAGGAGGAGGGCCGCAGGGGGCAGUACACGCACAAGAUUUACCACCUCGCCAAGAAGGUCCCGCAGUUCGUGCUGGCGAUUCUGCCGAAGAAGGCGCUGCAGCUGGAGGAGAAGUCGUGGAACUGCUACCCGCACUGCGUCACAGAGCUGUCCAACCCCUACUUCACCAAGUUCAAGCUGCGCGUGGAGUCCGCUUACCUCAACGACCGCGCGCCACAGCACAAUGCGCUGAAUGCGAGUGCGGACGUGGUGGCGCGGCGCGGCGUGGAGGUGCUGGACGUGGCAGCGGAGGCGGUGGAGAGCUACGUGGCGGAGGAGGACCCCGCCCGGUUCACGUCCAAGAAGACUGGCAGAGGGCCCUUCACACCCGGCUGGCAGGAGCGGUGCUCGCCAUGCAUGGUGGCGUACAAGCUCGUCACCGUCGACGCGCCCUACUGGGGCUUCGGCCCCCAGCUCGAGAAAUACAUCGCCAGGGUGCUGCAGCGCAAGCUGAACAUCGAGGCGAACCGCAAGGCGAUCUGCUGGAUGGACGAGUGGCACGGCAUGACCCUGGAGGGCGUGCGCCGCAUGGAGGCCGAGGCAUUCCACCGCAUCAACCAGGAUCGGAAGCAGAAGUAUGGUGCGCAAACAGAGAAUGGCGCUCACAAGGAGGGCAGUUCACACCUGGCACACGGCACACGAGUGCAACCAGCUGCCAGUGGGGUGUAACCACUCCACUGUGGUCGUCAAGGUACCACCUGCCACGGCUGCUGCAGGCCAGCCCUAGUGGUGCUCCUAUACUGCUUCCACCUGCCUGGGCAAAGAGUUGUCCGUGUGUCGCGUCGUUGCUGUCACAGGCCAUUCACUGCUGCCCCUCUCCCUCUUACUGUACCUCGGUGCCCUUCUAAAAUGCCUCAAGCAGCGCUCAUCACUGUGCAAAGCACACACCAACAGCUUCCACUCAAAGAUACUCUUUGAGUGCUGCCUGCCUCGAGUGCUGUAUUUUCAGUCCUGUUUUAUUAUGCUCAUGAAAGAGCCCAAUCAGCUACAAAUCCCCGCGGUUGCCACUUCCACCCCAUGUGUAAGGGCGAAUUCCUACAAAAUAGGAUCAAAAUCAGAAAUGUGAAUUUCAUUAUUGAUCUCCUUGUCAAAAAUAUAUUGUAUGUUUUUGUAGACUAUAUAGGGUUGUGCCUUAGGCAGUACAACCCAUUAGGUUAUAUUCCCUUGUAUGCUUUGUUCUAGUCA